AUGAAUCAGGCCUCUCUAUAUCAGCACGCCAACCAGGUGCAAAGGCACGAUGCCAAGCUGAUACUGGACGAGUUUGCAUCGACGCUACAGUGGAGAUCCGAUGGCGAGGACGCACUCCUGGACGUUGGUUCCGGUUCCGGCAAUGUGCUCAUGGACUUCGUGAAACCCCUUCUGCCGAGUCGCGGCCAACUGGUGGGCACCGAUAUAUCCAGCCAGAUGGUGGGCUAUGCCAGCAAGCACUAUCAGCGGGAGGAGCGGACCAGGUUCCAGGUCCUGGACAUUGGGUGCGAGAGACUGCCGCAGGAGCUAAGCGGAAGAUUCGAUCAUGUCACCUCGUUUUACUGCCUCCAUUGGGUGCAAAAUUUGAGGGGAGCCCUUGGCAAUAUUUACAAUCUUCUGCGUCCCGAAGGUGGCGAUUGCCUGUUGGCCUUUCUGGCCUCCAAUCCAGUGUACGAGGUCUACAAAAUCCUCAAAACGAAUGAGAAAUGGUCGGGCUACAUGCAGGAUGUGGAGCAGUUUAUAUCGCCCUUGCACUACAGCUUGAAUCCCGGCGAGGAAUUCAGUCAGUUACUCAACGAAGUGGGUUUUAUACACCACAAUGUGGAAAUACGCAAUGAAGUGUUUGUUUAUGAAGGCGUGCGGACUCUCAAAGUUCUUUAUUUUCCCAGAUCUGCCCAACAGUCGUAUGCGCAAUUUGCUGACCCCGCGUUUUGUCGUCGGUUGACCCACCCAAUGAUUCCGCUGGCCGAUUCCGGAGGCGUAACCUCAAAAACAAACACCGAAUACCGGAACCGAAUGACGGCGGAUGUCGUGUUUAUACACACACAUGUGUAUAUGCUAUAUGUAACUGUGUUUGUGGGACGGGGGCGUGUGCAUUUGGCUGAAGUUCAAACAAAUGCGUGGCCAUCGAAAUGAAAUGUCGGGAUUUUCAGGUGGCUUUCCCUCCCGCUUUUCCCUUUUUAGCAACUGACCAUUCAUUCUGUUUGAGUUUACUUAGCGGUUUUGUUGACUCUCUCUGGCGGUUUUGAUUGCGUUUUCCAUAUGCAAAUGCGAAAAGGACGAGCCUUGGCUUGGCCUCUAUCUAUUUAAUGGCCACCAAAAUGCAAUUACACUCACAUAACACAACAAAAGCGGAAGGGAAAUGUGCCUCAUUAUAACAAAUUAUAGAAGGAAUAUUGUAAUUUACUUUCGGUCUCUUGGUAUCAUGUGCGGCUUUUUAUUAAAAAUUCAACACUAA